AUGCUGCCAGAAAACACAGAUAGUGGAGAAGUCACAGCCUUCCAUGAACACCUUUUUCAAAAGAUUUCGAAGUUCCACCUGGGGGAACCAGUCUCCGGUGUUCUUCUCAUCUAUCCCUGCUGUAUUAUUCAUGUUCUUGAGUCAUCCAGUGGCACGCUGUACCACAUCCUGAAAGAGCUGGCAGCUAUAGAAAACCAAGGGCCAGAGCCUUUCCUGCGUGACGUCAAGAUCCUGGUGAUGUCUCACAACAUCCCGACCAAGCUCUUCACACAGUGGUAUUCCACAACCAUAGAGGUGCCAGAAAUUCUUGGAGACGUCUCACAGAGCCAGACGACAGAGGAAGUGAUUACAGAGUGUCUGACGCUCAUCCUCAAACUGGGAGUUUACCUCGCCACCCUCAAGGUGGGCAACAAGGGCUUGCGAGACAGCCUCCACUCUGCUGUGCCAGAACUCCUGAUUCCAAGAGAAACCAUCAAGUACCUCUGCAAGGCUAAGGACUGUCUGAGUCCCCAGGAAUUCCUGGACAUGUACAACACUCCUCUGCAACCUGUCAUGGAUUCAGAGUCAGUGUGGCCCACUCCCACUCAUCUGUUUGCAUGAAACUCUCGCUGGAUCCCUGCACCCCCCCCCCC